AUGCCGGCAAACAAGACAUACCGGCAGGGUGUGGGCAAACAGAGGCACCACAAACACCGCGUCGGCCGCAUGCUCGUGCCACACGGGCGCGUGUCAGGUCUUCUGUUCACCGUGAACCCCCGCCAGGAAAGCAGGGCACUGCGCGAGCUGCAGCUCUACCUGCACCCCCUCAUCGCUGACCUCGAAAAGGCGGAGGCGGAGGCGGAGGAGGAGGAAAAGGCGAAGGGUGGGCUGCCGCAGGGCAACGAAGACAAUCAACCGACACCCGCGGGCGAUGGAGAAGCGGAGAAGGCGGCCGCCCCCUCGACAUCCAGUCUUCUAGCGGCGGAGCUCGCAGCCUACGUGCCCGCCCGCCCCAGCCAGCACAAGGAAACCAAAACAACCGCCAGGGAAGAAGAUGACGACUCGCCGAGCGCGAGCGGUGGCGAUGAAGAUGGUGAAGGCGGGGCGCCGAUACCCGCGCGGAAGCGCCAGCGGCCAGACGACGACGACAACGCCGCAGACACCAGGCGCGCCAAAGCGAACUGUCGCCGGUGGUUGGCGCCGCUCGAAACCGGCUGCAAGGGCCACAUGAUGGUCAGCAUCCCGUUUCCCCCGCAGAUGGAAGCAACCGCUGAAGAAAAAGCGACUGCCACCGGCGCGGCGGAGCCCAGCAGCGGGGAACGAGAGGCGACCGAGACGCCCGCACCCCACGACGGCACACCGGGCAGCGGCAACAACAACGACGACGACAACAAUAACACCGAGGCGCCGCCACCCGCAGAGGAGGGAAGCACGCCNCGGCACACCGGGCAGCGGCAACAACAACGACGACGACAACAAUAA